AUGUCAUUGACUUUGAGUGAAUUAAUCAGAAAAUUAAAAGCUAAAGAAUUCAAAAAGAUAACAAUAGCAGCAGGUGCAGGUAUCAGUGUUGCUGCUGGACUUAGCGAUUAUAGAAGCAAGGAUACAGGAUUAUAUGAUUAAUUAAAAAAGUUCAAUCUGAGCAAUCCUGAAUAGGUUUACGAUAUCAAUGUGUUUAGAAAGAAUCCUUCAUUGUAUUACUCUGUUUGCAAAGAAUUUGGAACACAUAAUUUAGAUUUACAACCAACAUUUGCUCAUUAAUUUAUUUAUCACUUAGAUAGAAAUGAUUAAUUAUUAAAUUGUUUCACUUAAAAUAUUGAUGGUCUGGAAUUGGUUGCAGGAGUGAGAGAAUCCAAAGUGAUAUAAGUGCAUGGUCAUAGAAGAACUGCUAGUUGUAUAGACUGUAAGAAAACGUAUUGUGUAAAAACAUUUUAUUAAAACGUUGAUAAAAAUGAAAUAAUGAAAUGUACUGAUUGUAAUGGUUUAAUUAAACCUGAUGUGGUAUUUUUUGGAUAACCACUUCCAUCAUUGUAUUUUCAAAAAUUACCUGAAAUUUCAUUGAGCGAUUUGGUUAUUAUAAUGGGAACCAGUCUUCAAGUUCAACCCUUCUCAAAUAUGAUUUAUAGGAUAAAUGAGAACGUCCCAAUAGUUUUAAUAAAUAAAGAUACCAAUUUGAGAAGGUUGGAGCCUAUUAAUAAUAAGCUGUUAAUAAAAGGCGAUGUUUAGGAUAUAAUAUCCUCAAUCAUGAAAUAAUUGUGA